UGUGCCACGUCGACCACAACCUUUCCUAUCGUGUUAUCGCUACAGCAUUUUAGGAAGCCAUUGUUCAAAGUGUGUUCAUGCAUACAGUACAAUGGGAGGGGGUGUGGCAUGCACAGGAGAACCAGGAAGUUGAUCUCACGUCUAUUUAGGACUGGGAUUCUAUCCAGAGUUGACAGAUAAACAGUGAGAUCAAACCUAGUCUGCCUUUCUCACCGAGUUCAAACCUACAGUCACUGGGUCCUGAGUGUGACAGUGGAGCCCAGUUUGCACUGCAGGAUCCAGAGAUGACAUCAGUGAAGCUGGAAGACUGCAGUCAAACACUGGAGCUGAAUGUCAACAUUAAAGAUGAAGAAGAGGAGGAGAAGAUUGGGAAAUGUGUCAAUCAUGGCCAACGAGGAUUAAGUCUGAUUCCGGUAACAUCCACAGUGAGGACAAACCCAGCCUGCCUCUCUCCUUCCACACUGAGUCCAAACCUACAGUCACUGGGUCCUGAUUGUGACAGUGGAGCCCAGUUUGCACUGCAGGAUCCAGAGAUGGCAUCAGUGAAGCUGGAAGACUGCAGUCAAACACUGGAGCUGAAUGUCAAUAUUAAAGAUGAAGAAGAGGAGGAGAAGAUUGGGAAAUCUGUUUCUCAUGGAUACCAUGUUGAGCCAUUCUCUACAUCCAGAGAGCAACAGCAGGAAGAUCACAGAGCUAAGAGGUCUCACCAUUGCCCACAUUGUGAGGAGAUUUUCCCAAUUCUAUCAAAGCUAAAAAUACACCUAAAAAUGCACACAGAAGAAAAUCUGUAUUCCUGCACUGACUGUGGGAAGAGUUUCACAACAUCAAGAGCUCUGACGGUUCAUCGGAGAGUACACACAGGAGAGAAGCCUUACAACUGCUCUGACUGUGGGGAGAGUUUCUCUCAACAGAGCAAUUUAAAAAAACACCAACGUAUACAUACAGGAGAGAAGCCUUACUCUUGCUCGGCCUGUGGGAGGAGUUUCUCUCAACAGAGCAACUUCAAAAAACACCAACGGAUACACACAGGAGAGAAGCCAUACUCCUGCUCUGACUGUGGAAAAGGCUUCACAACAUCAACUGAGCUAACAGUUCAUCAGAGAACACACACAGGAGAGAAGCCUUACUUCUGCUCUGACUGUGGAAAGAGUUUCUCCCGAUUGGAUACCUUAAAAGUACAUGAACGUGUACACACAGGAGAGAAGCCAUACUCCUGCUCUGACUGUGGAAAAGGCUUCACAACAUCAUCUGAGCUAACAGUUCAUCAGAGAACACACACAGGAGAGAAGCCUUACUUCUGCUCUGACUGUGGAAAAAGUUUCUCCCAAUUGGAGAAGUUAAAAUGUCACCAGCGAAUACAUACAGACCAAAAGUCUUACUUCUGCUCCGACUGUGGGAAGAGUUUCUCCCGAUUGGAUACCUUAAAAGUACAUGAACGUAUACAUACAGGAGAGAAGCCUUACUUCUGCUCCGACUGUGGGAAGAGUUUCACCCGAUUGGAUACCUUAAAAUGUCACCAGCGAAUACAUACAGGAGAGAAGCCUUUCUCCUGCUCUGAUUGUGGAAAUUGUUUUACUGAUCAGAGCAGCUUAACACACCAAUGUAUACAUACAGGAGAGAAGCCUCAUCGGUUCUCUCAGACCAGCUAAGAGGGAAGUCAUUACAUCACUUCAUUCUCAUCUCAUAAAUGAAGUGGUAACAGUGAAUUUGAUAACAUUUUAAGAAAGAAUAAAACACUAUUGGGAUCAUAUUGUUUCUCACUGUAAGAGAACUGUGCAGAGGAAAGGGUGUGUUAUAGAAUGUUAACUUCUUGUUGUUUUACUGAUCAGUGAGCACCUUGUCAGUUUGAUUUAUUUAAUUGAGCUUUUACUCUAAAGAUAUUGAGAGUACCUUGAAUUUGCCCUUAGGGUUGAAUGCCCUCUGAGGCUUCUCACAUUGUAACAAUGUAGUCUGAUGGCUGACUGGGUGGUUCUGCUUCCCUCUGCAGUGUUCUGUGGAAAGGAGCUGGUAGACACAACAUGUGUCAGCGAUGGUGUGAUCAGUCUUCACCAUUAGUUUGGGUGGAUUAUUAUUAUUUUACUACAAAGUAACUUUUGUUUAAUGAUACACAUACUUUGAAACGACUACGUGUUUAUUAAAUUGUCUUACUAGAUUUAUUAUUUGUCAUCAAAUGUAUUUGGUUAACUGCAUUGAACUUAAUUGAUGUGCUAAUUAAAAAUAAAUAUUCUA